CGGUGUGGGGAGGUGCGCUCUGGGGGUCGGUCGGCGAUACUGGGGGGGCGGGGGCGAGCACGUGACGCUCCGGAGGGUCAGCGAGGCGAGGAAGCGGUCAGGCCGUGCAGGCCGCUCGGUCCCUAGACCCGGCUCUGCGAUUCCAGCGUACACCAGUCCCGGAGACGCGAACGAAGGAAGAUGUCCACCAGAGUUCCAGGGACACUGCCGUUCCGUGAACGCGUGGCUUCGGCCUGCUGGCCGGCGUGCCAAGCCCGGCUGCUCCCGACAAGCAGAACCACCGCUCCGCACGAGAGCCGCUUCAGCCUUCCUUACCGGAGUGGUCCUUCGAAACCCAGGUUAAACUCGGAUGACGUGUGCAGCCGCAACGAGCCAGCGUUCCAGAAAGUGGGAGCCCAGCACAGUCACCUCCUUGCACAAAGAACUGAGCAUCCUGCGCUUUGCCUGCCACGCCCACCUGGAGAUCCUAAGGCAGAUUGCCUCGGUCAGAGCACUUGGAGGACCCUGCGGUGGAGAGAAGAAUAGGCUCCUUGCCCGACUUGAAGGUAGAAGUUCCUUGAAAGAAAUAGAACCGCAUCUGUUUGCUGAUGAAGAAUCGCCCCUGCAUGGUGAUAUUCUUGAAUUUCAUGGUCCAGAAGGAACUGGAAAGACUGAAAUGCUUUAUCAUUUAACGGCACGCUGUAUACUGCCAAAAUCAGAGGGUGGACUGGAAGUAGAAGUCGUAUUUAUUGACACAGAUUACCACUUUGAUAUGCUUCGGCUUGUUACAAUUCUCGAGCAUAGACUAUCCGAGAGCUGUGAAGAAGUCAUAAAACGCUGCCUCGAAAGGCUUUUUUUGGUCCACUGCAGUAGCAGCACCCAGCUACUGCUCACACUGUACUCACUAGAAUCUACGUUUUGUAGUCACCCCUCUCUCUGCCUUCUGAUUGUGGACAGCCUGUCGGCUUUUUACUGGAUAGACCGUGCCAAUGGAGGAGAAAGCGUUAACUUGCAGGAGUCUACCCUGAAGAAGUGUUCUCAGCUCUUAGAGAAACUUGUCAUUGCAUACCGCUUGGUUCUUUUUGCAACCACACAAAGUAUAAUGCAGAAAACCUCAGACGCAGCAGAAGGGCCUUGCUCUGCCUUUAGCCAUCCGAGGGAUACCCACGUCGACUACAGACCCUAUCUGUGCAAGGCAUGGCAACAAGUGGUAAAGCACAGAAUGUUUUUCUCCAAAGACGAGUCUAAAACCAGCACCCAGUUUUCUUUAGUUUCGCGUCAUUUAAAAAGUAACAAUUUAAAAACCCAUUGUUUUAUUAUUGGAGAAAGUGGGGUUGAGUUUUGUUGAUAUGUAUCAAAAUAGUCUUGUGGGAUAUUAUGUAAGUUUUAAGAAGUCUGUAAUAGGUGGAAGUGAUUCAAUUCUUAAGUUUUAAACUCUAAGGGAAUUAACAUAACAGUAUUUCUACAUAGAAUGGAUUUCUUAAACUAAAGCAAUACAACCUCAGAAUGUUCCUAGGUCACUGAAGAUUGAUAAAUUGAUAUUAACAAUUAAACUGUAUAUUAAGCUUGUUUUAAAACUAAAUAAAUAAUAUACACAUUUCAGCCUAAAUAAAAUAGACUUUUAUAA